AUGGAAUCGAUCGACGUCGGAACUCGUCUUCUUCUGCCGCCGCGGCUUCUCGUCGCAGCCGUUCGCCGACUUUUUCCUUCCCUUUUUUGUUAUCUUUAGAUUACGAGGUCAUCUUUGUCUUUUUCUCAAGCAGGGCUCGAUCGCAAAAUCGAGAAACAACUUCUUCUGAAUUUUAAAAAUGUACUGAUAAAUUUUUUGAAAAAAUUCGUGGGUAUUCGUAGUAGUUCAUUCACGGUUAGCUCACGACAACAUUUUAUAAGGGUCUCCACACGAUUAGCGAAUUAGUGUGCGAAGAGAAGAGGUUUAGAAGUGUCGGCAGCAUUUUUGUCCCUAGUCAGCGCUGAAUUCUCCUCCAUUCUCAUUGUAACAGUUCAGGCCUCAUUUUUCGAACUUCACCAGAAAUUCGGAAACUUCAAAAACUAAUCUCCUUUUUUGAAACUUUCAAUGUAAUAUCCGACAAAAACGUAGACCUUUCUUCACAAAAAAAACUCUAGAAUUAUAUGAAGUAUUUACUGAAAAGUGGGAAAGGCAGAACUAUUUGACGAAUAUACCUGUUUCAGACAGAUUUGUUGUUCUAUCCAAAAUAGAUUCUCUCUAAGAGCUAAUACCAAGAUUCCAUCGAGCUUUUUUUUAUAAACUUUUUUCAGGUGUGAAACCGAGAUGAGACAAUUCCUGCCGGCUCUAGCCAUUCUACUGACCUUUGUACUUGCCGAAUAUGAAGACAGUGAGUCUGAAAUGAAUAAUAUGUUUAAUGAUAUGCUAAGCUUUCUUGUUAGAAACACCAAAAACCCUCUUUCCCCAGUUUUUCGUAUGAUUUUUCAGAGUACGACAGGUCAAAAAUGCCGUGGGAUUUGCGGCCAGUCGACAAUUUCAUUGGUCUUUGGUCAUUGCAGGUAUCAUCUAAAUCACAAUUUCAUUCCAAAAUCUUCUUUUCAAGUCGACAGCUGGACGUGCAAGAGACCUUCCGCCACCCACGCAGAUCGACUAUUCCAUCAAUCCGAUCCCAAAAUUCGGCGCCCGAGCAGUCAAUAUCACGUUCGUUUUUUUUAAUACUCCUUCUUUAGGUCAAAUACUUAUUAUUUAUAGUCUUAUUAAAAAAAAGCUCGUUAGAACAAUAUUUCUUUUGAAUUGCACUUAAGAAACGCGAAAAAAAAUUAUAUUUUUCACGGUUUCAAACUUUGAAGAUACAUUGAGAACUAAUAAUCUACUUCAAAACGAUGUUUAACCGAGAAAAAAAAAUGUUUGUUUUGUCAGCCGUUUUACAUUAAAAUGAACAUUUUGUGAGAUCCAAAAUGGAAAUUCGAAAAAGGUGUCUUUUAUCUAACAUCUUUUCGAACUGAUUUUAAACGAAACGGAGUUGAAUUUUUCAAAUUUUAUGUUUUUUUAUUUUUUUAAGAUUGAAACUUCUAUUGAGGAAACGUCUUUUAGGCUUUUCAUUUUAUGCGAAACUCAAGAAAAGAUAUUCCCGAUGAAAUGAAAAUAUGAAUGAACUCAAAGCCUUCAAAUACUUAAAGUUGUGAUGUAAUUAUUGAAGGCACACCUACUUUGAGCGCGGCGCUGUCGUCCGACACGACUACGGGUUCAUGCCGGUGAAAAACGCGACGAGAAGAGAUCCGAGGGUUCACGUCGCCUACCUCACCACGUCUUCUGAAGGUCUGUUAGAGCCGAGAGGAGGUCCUCAACAAGAUUCUGCAGGCUGGUCAAUGAUGGAACAGGGACAGGUGAAAGACGGAAAGAUGACGUUCCAUCUGAAGCAAUUCCUUCGUCGCAGCUUCGACGUCGGAGUCAGAGCCGAUCUUGAGAUCCGCGAGGUUUUCACUUUUUCGAAAACCUUUUGAAGAGAAAAAGAGAAAAAUUAGAGCUUGAAGAAGAUUGAAACUUUUAAUUCCAUUAAAAUCAGUUUUCCUUUCACCUUUUUCAAAAAGUCUUACUCCAAUUUCUUACAAAGCAUCAUGAAUCAAAAGAAAAAACUAUAAAAGAUUAUAUAUCCUUCAGUUAAACUAACCUAAUCAUUAGAUACUGGAAAUAAAUGUUUAACUAAAGCUCAAAUGCAGCUCUUCAACCAAUUGCGAAAUCUCAAAAAGCUGAAUUUUUUUAAACAAUAAAAAUUUCAUUUUUUCUCUUGAUGGAAAUCAUUAACUUUUCAGUUCGAGAGACAAUUAGAGCUUCCCGACAGAAACACCAUGAUCAUGAAGGUCAUUAUUUCGUUGGAAAAGUCAUUUAAUCAAAAAUUCUUCAGGUGAGAGCCGAAACGGGCUACGACACGGAGACGUACACGGCGACGUAUCGUCGCAUUUUUGGCUGA